AUGUCAGAAAUAGCUCCUAAAUCCGUGUUUUACUGUGGAGUAUGUACCUUCCCUCCUGAAUACUGUGAGUUUGGUCUUUCCUUCAAGAGAUGUAAGGAUUGGCUCAAGGAAAAUCAAGAAGAUUUGUUCGACAAGCUUUAUAGUGACGACGCCUUAGCAAAUGCUACAUCUUCUUUAUCUAUUGAAAAGCAAGAACAAAUCUCCAAGGAAUUAGAAAAGAAGCAAGCCAAGGAGGAAAAGAAGUUGGAAAGAGAACUUCAACUUAAGCUUUCAUCCAAGGUUACUAUUAAGAGAAUUGAAAGAAACAAGAGAAAGCAUGUUAUUGCUAUUUCUGGAUUAGAAGUCUUUAACAUUGACAUGAAGAAGCUUGCCAAGACAUUUGCUUCCAAAUUCGCCACUGGUGCCUCUGUUACCAAGAAUGCUGAAAAGAAGGAUGAAAUCGUGGUUCAAGGUGAUGUUAGUGAUGAAGCUAAGACUUAUAUUGAAAAAUUAUUAGAAGAAAAGGGAUUAAAUGAAGUCAAGGUUGAACAAAUAGAUGAAAAGAAGAAGAAGAAGCCUGCUCCAACUGUUAUUGGUCAGCAACAUUGA